AUGGGCUAUUAUCGCCACCGCCAUUCAUGUUUAGGAAAUUGUUUUGGGCGCUGUCGGGUAGAUCGUCGCAAUCGACAUGACAGUGAUCAAGCACAAGCUAACCGACCUGUAGAGCUACAACCUGUUUCUCCACCUGCACCUACCUACAGCCGUCAGCGAAGUCGAUCUCGCCGUCGACCAUCUCAACAGCAGACUCCUACUCGUCCUCGAAGCCCAUCUCGCCGCAGAUCAUCCCAACAGCAGACUCCUGCCCGUCCUCGAAGCCCAUCUCGACACCGCAGUUCUCGGAGAGAAAGACACCGCGAGCCUCCCGUAUACGAAUCCGCUCCCAGAGACACCCGCCGAGACCCUAGCCGUGUUCGGUUUGCUAGCUCCCAUGAAUCUCCCGUUCAUCACGUUUCAGACUCCCGGCAUUCGCUGCCUACGGAUCCUUACCGAGAGUCGCACGGUUCACACCACACCGAGCACCAAGAGUCCUCCAUUCACCAUGCUUCAGACCCCAGGGACACCCUCUUUACUGGGGUCCACGUGUCUCCUCUAUAUCUUACCCGCUCUGGGGGCUCUCGGCAUAGCGUUGUCUUACGCGCCUCGCCCCGGGAGUCUCAACACUCCCACUCUUCUCUCGUUUCUUCUCGCUACUCGCGCUCUCGCCAUGCGCCCGGUAUUGGUGAGCGUUUAUCUACAAAUCCAGCUGACUAUCCCCAUGGCGAGAUCCAAAUGAUUGGAGCCCAAUGGCAAAGAUGGGUUGAGGACACACACGCUCCUGGUUGCAGAGUUAGAUUCCGACGACGUCCUCUUCAAAUUUUGACACUACUUAAUGAGCGAGAUAUUGAAUUUCGAUGGACCGCCGUCAGAAACUUUUUCUGUAAUCCGCCUAGUAUGCUUCGCUCAGAUUUACAGAGUUUGAGCCUACCCACGGGAGGUAACCAAUACCGAAAGCUUCUAAUUGAAGGCCCUCUAGUGCCCCAUGGUGAGGAACCAAACGAAUACAUGCAUUCUACGUCAAUGGGGGUGAUCAUUGCUGAAGAUAUCGCAAGACACGAUGGACUCCACUGGAGCGAGAUCGCUGUUGGUCAGUAUGAAAUGGAUUACCCCAUCGAAUCACUCCGCCAUAUUUAUUUCACUGACAUUGUUAAUCGGAAUGUUGUUGACUUUGUUGUAGAGCGACUUUAUAGCCCUAUUCUCCGAGUGCCCUGGGCCGAGUGGAACCCUGUCGGGGAUAUGGCACGCAAUUGGGAUUACGGUACUCCUGAAUAUCAAGGUAUGAUGGGAACCACUCUUGGGAAAGCCGUUGCUGCUCUUCUAAUCUCAGUGUUUCCUAGAGGUACAUUCAAGAUCGCCCGAGUCGCGACUUGGAAAGAUGGUUCUCUCCAAGUUCGAUUUGAUAUUGAGAGUACCGAAAAUGAGGAAAGCUCAUUCUUCUAG